AUGGAUUUUGGGGGAGUGAUAUCCAUUGUGAUACAGCGCGAAGGCAAAUACGAUGGCCUCAGAGACCUAGAAGAACGUUUCAUGUGCUCUGUAGUCAAGCGGGACGACGAGCGGAAAGGGGUUGCACAUGGCGCGAUGAACGAUGUGUGGUUCAUCGUUCACAUCGUUCAGUCAACGGCAUGGCUCAGCCGUUUGGCAGUUUUGACGUUCAGACGAGGCUAG